AUGAGCUCGUCGAUGCACUCACGCUUCAGAAAACUUGUCGGCUCGACUCGAAGAUCCAGCAACAACUCCCUCACCUCCAACACCAACUCCUCCCAGACCACCCUCGCCGCCCCCACCUCCUCGCCCUCCCCCAACCCCAACGGUCAGCAGCAGCAGCAACCGCCCUCCUCGGCCGCUGCCAGCACCACCUCGACCUCCUCCGCCCUCAGCGCCUCCAACGCCUCCACCGCCCAGCAGGCGUCGGCGUCGAGCACCUCGCUCGCUCAAAUGAACCCCAACAACCCCCAGCAGCCGCUUGGUCGGCCGCCUUCAUACCAGUACGCCAACCAGGGCAAUGGCAAUCUUGGUGCGCCGCCCCAUCCUAACUCAGGCAGACCCUCGAGUCCUAUGCCCCCGCCGCCCAUCAAUACCGGCGGCGGCCACGCCUACGCUCCCGCCCACAACCAGAACAUGUACAACCAGCCUGCCCCGCCAGGCUACCCCAUGAACAACCAGCCUUCUGGCUAUGGCUACGGCGUGCCUGCACCCCAAGGCCCAAACUCGUACAACCGUCUGGCAGAAGUGGAGGGCAGCGCGCGUAGCAAAGCGCAGCUCAUCGUGGGCAUUGACUUUGGAACCACCUUCUCAGGUGUGGCUUUCGCCUUUGCUACGAAUACCGAGGCCAAAGAAGAUAUCAUCGUCGAAUGGCCAGGAGCUGGUACUCAGACGAAGCAAAAGAUUCCAACAGUCCUCUACUACGACCAGCACCAGCAGGUCGUUGGGUGGGGUCCUGAUAUUGCUGAAGCUCUCGCGCCCACCGGCUACCCCAAGCCUGGCGUGCAAAAGGUAGAGUGGUUCAAGCUUCAGCUGAUGUUGAGCGGCAACACCUACAUAGAUCCAAUCAACCUGCCACCGCUUCCACCGGGCAAGUCAGAGAUCGAUGUCGCCGCAGAUUACCUCUUCAAGCUACGACAGGCAAUGCGCAACCAGCUGCAAAAGACUCUGGGAGAGGUCUUCAACCGAGAAGAGCGCAACAUUCGAUACUUCUUGACAGUGCCUGCUAUCUGGAACGAUGCUGGCAAAGCCGCAACCAGAGCCGCCGCCAUUCAAGCUGGUUUCCUCCGUGACGAGAACGACAACCGAUUGACACUGAUCACAGAACCAGAAGCUGCCGCCAUGUUCUGUUCGAAGACCGGCCUUUUGAAUCUGAAAGUGCACGAUGCUGUUCUGAUUGUCGAUUGCGGUGGUGGUACUGUCGAUUUGAUCGCCUACGAAGUUGAAGAGGAGAGCCCAUUCACGGUCGCUGAGUGUACAGCUGGUUCGGGUGACUCUUGCGGUUCCACCGCGCUCAAUCGCAACUUCUCCAACAUUCUGCGAGCCAAGAUCAGGAAGAUGAAGCUGCCAGAUGGAUCAAAGACUGCCGGAAAAGUCUAUGCCAAGUCGAUCAUGGAUUUCGAGAACAGAAUCAAGGCCGAUUUCCGAAAUAACGGCCAGAAGUGGGCAGUCGAUGUUGGUAUCGAUGCAGAGUUCCCAGAAGCUGGCAUUGAAGAAGGCUACAUGACAUUCACAAACGAGGAGAUUCUGCAAUGUUUCGAACCUGUGGUCAACCGCAUUCUGGAACUGGUUAGGAAUCAGAUCAUUGCCAUCCAAGCGCAGAACCGAUCAUUGCAGAAUGUGUUGGUCGUUGGUGGUUUUGGUGCCUCCGAGUACCUCUUCCAGCAGAUCAAACUGCACGUACCGCCGCAGUUCCAGAACAAGGUUGUUCGACCCAUGGACUCUGUGGCUGCCAUUGUGAAGGGUGCUGUCACGGCCGGUAUUACCGAGCGUGUCAUCACCUCCCGUGUUGCAAGAAGGCAUUACCUCAUGGCGACCCUGCAGCCUUUCAAGGAAGGUCACCACCCAGAGCAGUACCGUGUUCCAUCCCUCGACGGCAAGGACCGCUGCAAGUACACGAGGCAAAUCUUUGUGCAGAAGGGCCAGCGAGUCAAGAUCGGCGAGCCUGUCAAGGUGUCUUUCUUCCGACAAGUCGCUCCUGGUGCGACACUCAUGUACGAAGAUGUGCUGUAUGCUUGUGAUGAGGACGUCUGCCCUGAGUACACCAAGGAUCCACGCAUCAAGGAGAUCGUCACCCUCACAUCUGAUCUCAGCCGAAAGAAUCUCGAGAAAGACUUCGAACGUAUGGACACCCCACAAGGAACCUUCUACCGCGUCUACUUCGACAUCUACCUCACUCUGGACGGCUCGGAAUUCAACGCCGAGCUGGUGUGCCAGGGUGAAGUCAUGGGUCGCUGCUCUGCCAGAUUCAGAUAG